AUGGAGAAGGAGCCGACCUCCAGCACCUUCUCGCGGCCAGUUGCAAGCCCUUCGUUGCGAGGUUGGUCUUGGAUCUGGGAGAACUACGGCGACGGCGACCUGAUGGGGAGGUGUGUGGCCGACAGAUAUUCUGGAUGGGAGGAGAGCGUGGGGUGGCCUCUGGCAGUUCUGGAUCAGAAGGAUGGGCCGUUCUGGGAGAAGUCAGGAAGAAGAAAGAUAAUGGAGAAAUAUUUGAUAAAGAAAUCAGUGAAUGCCAACCCCACCACCAGCAACAGUUCAGGUGGUAGUAGCAAUGCAUCAAAACCUGCAGCAAAACAUAAUUCUGCUGUGCCUGAACUAGUUGAUUUAAAUAAGCUCCCUCGGCAUUCAACUAAAAGGAAGCGAAUGGAAGAUUAUCACCCCAACCAACGUAACGAGAUAAGAAGGAAGUAUUGGAUUUGGGGACCUAAUCAGCCUCGCCAAUUGGAAUUUCCAUACAGGGAGAUUGGGAAUAAGAAAAAGAAGAGGAGAUUCAAUCUGGAUUGGUAUGAUGAUCAUGCUUAUUGGCUAGAGUACAGCGAGAAGGAGCACAAAGCCUAUUGCUUAUGCUGCUAUUUGUUUAGGGACAACAUUAAAGACAUCCACCAUGGGCAUGAUGCAUUUGUAGUAGAAGGAUUCAACUGUUGGAACAAGACAGAGAGAUUUGUGACUCACGUCGGUGAUCGUAACAACUUUCACAACAGAGCACUCAAGGAUUGCGAGGGUCUAUUAAAGCAAGAUCAGUCAAUCUCUGCAGCCUUGCAUAGACAAAGCCAAAUUGAAAAGAAUGAGCAUCUCAUCAGGUUAAAUGCUGCAAUUGAUGUUUGUCGAUAUUUGUUGCAUCAGGGACAACCUUUUCGUGGUCAUGAUGAAUCUAAAGAUUCUAAAAAUAAAGGAAAUUUCCAUGAGUUGAUGGACUACACUAUUAAGCAAAAUGAUGUUGUUGCUAAGGCAUUCAAGAAUGCUCCAUAUAAUAACCAGAUGUUGUCUCCCAAAAUUCAGAGAGAUAUUACCGAGUGCUUUGCAGAAGAAGUACCAGGCCAUGUGAUGAAAGAAAUUGGUAAUGGUGUGUUCAGCUUAUUAGUUGAUGAGUGUAGAGAUGUUUCCGACAAAGCACAAAUGGAGGUUGUUCUCCGAUAUCUUGAGUUUAAUGGUUUGCAAGCUAAAAUUAUGAACGAGAACAAAUCAGCAUAUUGCGUACAUUGUUUUGCUCAUAAACUCAACUUGGUUGUUGUGGCUAUUGCAAAGAAGAUGUUCGAGGUCGGAGAUUUCUUUGAUAUGGUUUCAGUUUUGCUGAAUGUUGUGGGCGCUUCUUGCAAGAGAAAAGACCAACUACGUGAGCAUCACCAAGAAGAAUUGAGAAAAGCAAUAGGAUGUGGAGAGAUUGCUACGGGGACUGGACUGAAUCAAGAAUUAUCACUUCAAAGACCAGGUGACACUCGAUGGAACUCCCAUUAUAAAACAUUGUUGGGUUUGUCCAAGAUGUUCUCAUCGGUGGUCAAAGUACUAGAAUAUGUCGAGAAAGAUGGCACAGAUACCGGAAAGAGGCGUCAGGCUAGAGGUCUUCUAAAAUAUUUCCAGACCUUUGAUUCUGCAUUUUUCUUACACAUGAUGAUGAUGAUAUUAGCUUUAACAAAUGGGUUGUCAAAAACCUUACAGAGAAAGGAUAAAGACAUUGUAAAUGCUAUUUCAGAUGUGGAAUCAACUAAACGAGAGUUAGAAAAGCUCAGAACCAAUGAGGGGUGGGAUUCUCUUAUGAAGAAGGUAUGUUGUUUCUGUGAGAAGCAUGACAUUCCAGUGCUUGACAUGGAAGAUGCCUAUGUUAACCCAAAGAAGCCAGGAAAAAAGACCGGAAUUAACAAUGAGCAUUAUUAUCGUGUUGAUUGUUUCUUUGUUGUGCUCGAUAUAUUAGGAGAAGAGUUUAAUGACAGAUUUAAUGAGGUAAAUUCUGAGUUGCUUCUAUGCAUGUCUGCUUUGAGCCCGAGUGAUUUAUUUUGUCAUUUUAACAAGGAGAAGUUGUUGAAAUUAGCGAAGUUCUAUCCUGAUGACUUUAAUCACAAAGAUAUGGUGACUAUUGAGCAUGAACUUGGCCUCUAUAUAGAUAAUAUACUCCAUGAUACAAGGUUUUCUAGCUUGGACAAAAUAAGUGAUUUGGCUAAACCAAUGGUGGAUACCAGGAAGCAUCUCUCAUAUCCUUUGGUAUAUUGGCUUUUGAAGCUAGCUCUAACUCUUCCUGUUGCCAUUGCCACCGUCGAGAGAUGUUUUUCAGCGAUGAAGAUUGUGAAGAAUGCUUUGCGUAACAAAAUUGGUGAUGAUUAUUUGAGCCAUAGCCUAAUUUUCUUCGUGGAGAAGGAGCUGCUAAACACAAUUACCAAUGAAGUGAUUGUUGAUCGUUUCCAUAAGAUGAAAGAUCAUCGUGGGAGAAAGGAAAUGUAA